UUGAUGAUGAAAGCAGUGGACAAAUGAAACUAGAAAUAUUAAUUACUAUUUCCAGUCUAAUUGACAAAUUAAACGAAAUCAGCACAGACAAAACUAAUCCAAAUUUAUUAGCAAUCGAACUUGUAAAACUUUGUGAAAAAAAUGAUGGAUAUUCUUAUCUUAAUCAUAUGCUCUUGCACCCGCGGCCACAACAUAUUAAUGUUACUGAUGAAAUUAAGGAUUAUAUUAAAGCAAAUCAGAAGCACUCCGCAUCUGAAUUGUACAAGCAAAUAAUUAUAGAAAAGAUAAAAGGUUAUGAGCUUUUAACAGUUAAUCAAACUUAUUAUUGGUGGGCAUGA